GCUUGUAUCUUCAAAAAUGUUCAAAUUUAAGAAUGAUUCAUGAAUCUGUUGGAUCUUUGAAGAAGCUUGAACAAUUGAACCUUAGACAAUGCACUAACCUGGUAAAGCUUCCAAGCUAUCUCAGGUUAAAGUCUCUUGAAUAUUUAUCACUUUCUGGGUGUUGUAAGCUUGAAAGCUUCCCAACAAUUGCUGAAAACAUGAAAUCUUUAUACGAAUUGGAUUUGGAUUUUACUGCCAUAAAGGAGUUACCUUCAUCAAUUGGAUAUCUUACUAAGCUUUCUGAAUUAAAACUUAACGGUUGCACAAACCUCAUCUCCCUUCCCAAUACAAUUUAUUUGUUAAGGAAUCUUGAGAAUCUUCUUCUUAGUGGCUGUUCUAUAUUUGGAAUGUUUCCCUAUACAUGGGACCCAACCAUCCCAACCAUCCAACAAGUAUGCUCUCCUUCAAAAAUGAUGGAAACAGCUUCCUGGAGCUUAGAAUUUCCCAAUUUACUAGUACUAAAUGAAAGUUUAUGUGCACAUUUCACUUUGUUGGAUCUUGAAUCUUGCAACAUAUCAAAUGCAAAAUUUUUAGAAAUUUUAUGUGAUGUUGCCCCUUUCUUAUCUGAUCUACGUUUGUCCGAAAAUAAAUUCUCUAGUUUACCCUCAUGUCUUCACAAGUUCAUGUCCUUAUGGAAUCUUGAAUUAAGGAAUUGUAAGUUUCUUCAAGAAAUUCCAAACCUUCCCCAAAACAUACAAAAUUUAGAUGCCAGUGGUUGCAAAUCGUUGGCUCGAAGUCCAGAUAACAUUGUGGAUAUAAUAUCAAUAAAACAGGACCUCGCAUUGGGUGAGAUUUCAAGGGAAUUCUUAUUAAUGGGCGUUGAUAUUCCAGAAUGGUUCAGCUAUAAGACUGCCUCCAAUUUGGUGAGUGCUAGCUUUCGUCACUAUCCAGACAUGGAAAGAACUUUGGCUGCCGGCGUUAGUUUCAAAGUGAAUGGAGAUUCAUAUGCAAGAGGGGCCCGAAUUUCAUGCAAUAUAUUCAUCUGCAAUAAACUCCAUUUUUCUUUUUCAAGACCAUUUCUUCCAUCAAAAUCAGAAUAUAUGUGGUUAAUAACAACUUCUCUAGCGUGGGGUUCCAUGGAGGUGAAUGAUUGGAAUAAAGUUUUGGUCUGGUUUGAGGUUCAUGAAGCACAUAGUGAGGUUAAUGCAACUAUAACAAGGUGCGGUGCCCAUGUCACUGAAGAGCUCCAUGUGAUACAAAAUGGAUGUGAAGUGGCCGAUGGUAAAUUAUGCCGAUUUUUAUCAACUAGAGAAAUUGCAAAGCCUGGAUAUUGA